GUAUUAUUCAAAGCAAAUUACCAAGAGAGUUAAAAACUAGUUUAGAGAAAAAAUAGUUUUAAGCUAAAAUGGCUAAACACCAAAUUUUUUUCAUUUUGUUUAUCACAUUUACUGUUAUUUUUUUGGUUGAAGCGUUUGAAAGUAAAGAGGUAGAAAGAAAUUUGGAUGAACAGGGAUGGAAUAAUGCCCGUGCUACAUUUUAUGGUGACAUGAGUGGUAACGAAACCAUGCAAGGAGCUUGUGGUUAUGGAGACUUAUUCAAGCAAGGGUAUGGCCUGGAAACAGCGGCACUAAGCACAGCGCUGUUUAACAAUGGAGCUACCUGUGGAGCUUGCUUUCAAAUAAAGUGUGUCAAUGCUCCUAAAGCAUGUCAUCCAGACCAAAUCAUAACUAUAACUGCCACCAAUUUCUGCCCUCCAAAUUACACAAAAACUCAUGACAUUUGGUGCAAUCCACCACAACAACACUUUGAUCUGUCAAUGCCAAUGUUCUUAAAGAUUGCAGAGUACAAAGCAGGGGUUGUGCCAGUUGUUUAUAGAAGAGUUACUUGCCAGAAAAAAGGAGGUCUUAAGUUCGAGAUCAAAGGGAAUCCUAACUGGAUUCUUGUUCUUGUUUUCAAUGUGGGAGGUGUUGGAGAUGUUGUUAAUGUCAAGAUCAAAGGAUCUAAGACUCAAUGGCUACCAAUGUCGCGGAAUUGGGGACAAAAUUGGCAGACUUCUGUGCAGUUGGGAGGACAAAGCUUGUCUUUCCAAGUACAAACUAGCGAUGGCAAAUUGGUUCAAUCUGAUAAUGUUGUUCCUGAUAAUUGGCAAUUUGGUCAGACAUUUGAAGCCAAGAAUAAUUUUUAAUCAUCAUGAAUUUUCGAAAAUGAGUAGCUUUUAGUUUCUGAUCAAUAUAAUUUAUAAUCUUUUCUCCAA